GGGCUUUCUAUGCGGAAGUCAACAAGCACCGAGCUUCUUCCUGUAAGUGCUGGGACUAUUCUCUAUAAACUGACAUCUUCUGAUUGAUUGAUCACACCAGCCAUGUCGAAGAACACAGUGUCCGAUCGAUUCAGAAAGGUUGAUGUGGAUGAGUACGACGAAAACAAGUUUGUCGACGAGGAGGACGGUGGAGAAAAUCAACUAGGUCCGGAUGAGGCUGAGGUGGAUUCUCUCAUCAGAUCAGGGAACCUGAUGGGAGCUCUGCAGGCAGUGCUGAAGAAUCCACCCAUCAACACCAAGAACCAGAAUGUGAAGGAACAGGCUGAAGACCUCAUGUUGAAAGUGCUGAGCUCCUUCAAGACUAGUGAUAUAGAAAAGGCUGUUCAAUCUCUGGAUAAGACUGGAGUUGAUCUCCUAAUGAAAUACAUCUACAGAGGCUUUGAAAGACCCUCAGACAACAGCAGUGCCAUCCUACUGCAGUGGCAUGAAAAGGCUCUCUCAGCUGGAGGUGUGGGCUCCAUCGUCAGAGUGCUCACGGCCAGGAAGACUGUGUAAACUUCAGCACCGAGGCAGGGUUGGUGGAGGGACUGGCUGGCACAACCCCUCGUGGUCUGGUUUCCCACACUGCCAAACUUUGGAGGAUGUCCAGUCACUCACCUUUUUUUUUU